AUUGUUGUUUGCCCGAGUUUGUCUCUCAUAAAAUUGGGGAGUGACAAACAGACAAUUUUUUUUUUGGUAAACGUCAAAGCAAGGCAGUUUUAACGCGUCCAACACUCCUGGAUUGUUUUUUCUGUAAUCUACCUACAGCUCCUGGAAUUUUGUUUGUAUCUAUUCUGAUCUUGUUUGUAUCUAUUCUAAUUGUAGCUCGAUGGCACAAAGGAAAACCGAAUGCAUGACUAUCAAUCAUGGUGAGCAUCAGAUCAAUGUGAACUGUUCUCCAAAAACUAAGCGGAUACUGGAAGUAGACUCAACAUGGCGAGCCAAACUAACUGCUGCCGCAAUGGACGACUGCGGGGAAGCAGUCCUUGAAGAGAUUUCCGAAUUUGCUAUGGAAAUGGAGGAACACCUGGAGGAACAUACUUUACAACCCUUGGAAGUUUUGUGUGAUGUUAGCAACAAAGUUGCGCAUGAACCAACAUACAAGAAAAGGAGACGACCGAAGGUUGACAUUACCUGGGAUGAGCAGAAUAUAGCUAACCUCAUAUCAGCCGUCGAGUGCCACGAAUGUUUGUGGAACGCUGGCAAUGUAUUCUACAAAGAUCGGGUUAAGCGAAAUGCUGCGUGGCAAGAGAUUGUUGAAAACGUUUUUCACCAAAAAUUUGAUACUGCACAACUGAACGCAAAGUGGACGAAUCUCCGGAUACAAUUUAAGUCUUACCAUUCUAAGGUUGAAAAAGGAGGCAAAUCAGGCCAAGCUGCCCUGCCGAAAACUUAUUGGAAACAUUACGGACAGAUGCUUUUCGUGUCGGCUGCCGAAGAGAAUUAUACACUGGAAACGGAAUCGAAUCUGGAUACGGAUCUCGAAAAUAUUUCCGACCAGCAGAUCACACCCAAGACACUAAAAAAAGCGAAUUACACAAACCACCUCAAGCGAGGAAACGAGAUCAGUAGCACUGGCUGGAAUGACGGCCGCACUAGACAAAAUGGCAAGUGUGGACAGUUUCCAAACAUUUGGGAACUUUGUUGCAGAAGAAUUGAGAAAAAUUUCUAACGAAAAGGACGCAAACAAGGUUCAACGAAAGCUAACGAGAAAUUUGAUAGAUUACUUAGAUGAGUUAGAGCAGGAGUAAUUUUGUUUCGUUUAUUGCUUUUAUGCAUUUUCCGACUGAUUUGCAUACCUUUGUUACUAGUGUACUUUCGUUAUCAGUAUAAUAAACAUAAU